GACACAACACGUCAAAAGUCAAUAUGUUUCUGUCAGUAGAAACCCGCACGUGGUGGUGUAGAUGUUUUUUGUAAAAAGUUUUUACAUAAAACUGAUCGCAUAUAAAAACCGGGAGAAUCAUGACGUUCUACAGUAAUCCGAAGCGCGACUACGUUCUGAAUCCGCGUGGAAAAGCACUUUACGAUGACUCAAAUCGUUUUGGCACAAAAAUGUUGGAGAAAAUGGGAUGGUCGAAAGGCAAAGGUCUUGGCGCUAAUCUUGAUGGUCAACUGGAAUUCAUCAAAGUGUCCCACAAAGGCGAUCAAAAAGGAGUUGGUUUCAAAGACCGUGACGAUCAGUGGACAACACACGAAAGUAAUUUCAAUUCGUUGCUGACUUCCUUCCAAUCGGCCGAAAAUUCCGACGAGUCAGAGAGUGAGGCCGUGCAACGUUUUCAAAGCACAGACAAAUCUGCUAAGUCCAAGAAAGAUGAAAACGAAAAGGAAGCAGUUUUCAGUGGUGUGUCGCUGGAAGAGCGAUCGAAAAACUCUCGGGCUCGAGUUCAUUAUAAAAAGUUCACCCGCGGCAAAGAUUUGGCCAGAUACAGUGAAAAAGAUUUGGCGAAUAUUUUUGGGAAGAAGUCACUUAAAUGUGAACCGGAAACAGAAUCCUCAACUCGUGAGAGCAACGAAGACGAGAAUUUGGAUAAAUCUUCAGAGAAUACUCCAAACUUCGGUAUCACCACCAUCGAAACGGGAACUACUAUUAACGAUUACUUCAAGAACAAAAUGAAACAAAUCGCCAAUGGUUCGAAAACGUCCUCAAAUGAAGAAGAUACGAACGUAGAAGCAGUUGUUUCCAGCAACAAAAAGGAAAAGAAACGCAACAAGAAAUCAAAAUCAUCCGAAAUUUCAGUACAAUGUCCUGAGACUGGUGAUAAUAAUCAGGGUACUAGUGAAGAAACUGCUGUUGAGGAGCAUCCUCCACUAAGUGGGAAAAGGAAGCACGACUUUGACAGUGCUGAAGGAUCGAAAUCAAGAAAGAAAAAGAAAUCCAUCAACGAAACCGUUGAAGCACUGGAUGUUGAGGAAGAAGCACCUAAGAAACCGAAAAAACGUAGAGGAGAAAAGGUACCGAACUCCAGUGAGGUGGAAACGGUUCAAACUGAUAAACCAAUGGAAAGCACCAGCGAAACCAUUACGAAAGCAGAUUGUGCAACUGUCAACGAGAACGAGAUUCGACGUACCAAGAAAAGUAAAAAGAGUAAAGGCGGUGAUGCUGAGGAGUCCCAGUCAUCGAGUAAAUCGAUCAACGAUAACCUUGAUAGUGAAAGUGCUGAACCGAAAAAUAAAAGUAAAAAAAAUCGUGAAAAUAAACAAAUCGAAAGCUGCUCCGAUACACCAACCGCAGGCGACCAGCAGUCUACCAAUUUGUUUGAAGUUGUAUCAAAUAUAAUCGACGAGCGAACUGCGCCGGAAGUAGUAACCGACAAUGUGUACGAAAUUCGACGGUAUCGCACUGAAAUAUUUCGGUUUGUCGAUCUGCAUGCCUUUCCCAACAGUACCUUGUGCGACAUACCCGGCUACGGAUACACAAACGAAAUGACUUUGAAAAUUGUUGAUAAAGGAGACGAUAACCGAUUGAUAAACACGUUGUGGAACGAUGCACUAGACAAGUAUGCCAGUGGUAAAAAGAAAAAGAAGAAAUUCGUUGAGCAUAUAGAAGGUUUAAAGAAGAAAAAUGUUUUUAAGAUUUGAUUUAUGUUUCUAAUUAAAAUCAGCUUUUUAACAAAGAAAACAAA